AUGGAAACAAAGUCAGAGGAGAAGGAUGUCCCCAUGACAAACUUGCCGCCAGCGGCACCGGCUGGCGCCGACGACAAUGAGCCUGUCUAUGGUGGCUUCACGCGCUUCGAAAUCGAGCUCGAGUUUGUCCAGUCACUUGCGAACCCAGCCUACCUGAACCACCUUGCCGCUCAGAAGCUCCUCAGCAAGCCCGAAUUCGUCGCCUACCUCGCCUACCUCCAGUAUUGGUCCAAGCCGCCAUACCUGAAGUACCUCAUGUACCCUGGACCUACGUUGAAACAUCUUGAGCUUCUGCAGCAGCCGCAGUUCAGGCAGGACAUCAUCAGCCCUGACCUGGUUCAGAGGCUGGUUGAUGAUGGCAUGCGAGCGGCCGUGGAGUGGCACCACGACGACAAGUGA